GACUCUGUUUAAUCACUAUGGAUGGUCGUUGUCCGUAUGUCAUCGACCGCAAAUGGAACAAUGAACCUCAUCGUAUAAAACCAGCAGAUCAACCCGAACGACUCAGUGCGUCUGGCUCUAGCUUCUGUCAACACUCCAGUGACUAUCUACACGGUCGAGAGCGAAUUUCAGCUGUCGAUAGAGUACAUGAUGGCUCGUCUGACCGUAUUCUGCGUGCUACUGUUCUGUGUGUUCGGAACUACAAUGGCCAUCAAGAAUCCGUUUCACUUCAUUUGGAAACCCAACCAUUGUGUUGAGGUAUAUCCCGCAAACUGCUUCGACAUCUGCGGAAAAGGCCACUGCCUCAAUCGAUAUAAAUGUUGCCAUAGAAUCUUUUCCUUCCUUGAUACCUUCUGUGAAGACAAACAGGAAUUGCAGCGUCUAUGUCUACCGUUUGUCUGCAAAAACAAUGGAACACUGCUUCGUACGCAAGAUGGUCACGGUUACGGCUACGAUCAUCGCGCGUUGUCUCGCUGUGAUGCGCCCACGCUGAAGUGCGCAUGCCCAACAGGUUACUCCGGUACUUGCUGUCAAAGUCGUACCAGUUACAAGAACCCGUGCUCUACGAAGAAGUGCAGUGUCGGCAAAUGCGUUGUGAUAUACGGGCGUGCAGUGUGCAAAUCAAAAGGUCGACCAAGUAUCGACAAUACUGAGGCACCUACCGAUUUUUCGUUUGAAACGUCAAGGCCGUCGGACUUCUUCCACGAGACUGUCAAUCCUGACAUUGUGACAAAAGAUACUGUGUUUACAACAGGAGAUACUUUUUUUACAACAGAAGAUACUGUUGUUACCGACAGAACAACAGAAGAUACUGCGUUUGCAACCGAAGAUACUGUGUUUACAACAGGAGAUACUGUGUUUACAACAGAAGAUACUGUUGUUACCGACAGAACAACAGAAGAUACUGCGUUUGCAACAGAAGAUACUGUGUUUACAACAGAAGAUACUGUUGUUACCGACAGAACAACAGAAGAUACUGCGUUUGCAACAGAAGAUACUGUGUUUACAACAGAAGAUACUGUUGUUACCGACAGAACAACAGAAGAUACUUUGUUUACAACAGAAGAUACUGUCUUUACCGACGGUACAAGAGAUAUCGAAUUGGAAGCCACAUCUUUUGUAGACGAAACCGGGAAUCCUGACAUCUCUACCGACAGUGCAACCGAAGAAGCUGUUACUGAUGAACCUGCGCCAAUAUACUAGAACACUAAACACUGGUUGAAGAAGACGAUGGUUGCUACAAAUGAUCUAUGGACGUCUCGCAACUGCACGAUACUUGAUAUAUAAGUGUAGGUGUUAGUGGUGUUGAGAUUCUUCUACGACUAGAUAUUGUUUGCUGUGAUCUGUUUCUAAUAUAGUAUAGCGACUGAA